CAUCCAGCGCCCACGGAUCACCUGCGUCUGGGUUCCGUACGGAAUCGACCUGAGUCUGGGUUGCCGUUGUUCUGGGCUGUGUGGGAUUUCGCCGCACCUCUUGAGAGGUAAUUGGUGUCGCAGACCUGGAACCCACCCCGGCGUGGACUAGAACUGCGUUUACACCCUGGUAUCAACGAUUUUUCUGCUACCGCCUGUGUCCACACUCCAGGCUCACUUCAGACCCACAUAUCCGUACGAGGUCAGCUUUGUGCUUGCUAGUCCAACCUGGGUCUCUAAGAGUCUUCGCUCUGAUUGCUUAUCCAAAAGUUAUAAAGUUCUGAACUCUCAAAAUGGAGAAGGAGGUUCUUAAAAGUUUUUCAACGUACCACCGUCCCCCAAACAAAAUACGAGAAGGAUCGAUGAGGAGAGAAAAUUGUCUUUGUAUUGAUAGAGAAAAAAGGUUACAGCAGGACCCUGGACUAAGUGCUAGUACGAAUAAGAAGUUAGUGUUCUGAGUUAUGUUCUUUGUCCUUCUGACUUCCUUGCAGCUCCCAAAAGAUGCUGGUACUGGUCUUGACAUCCAAACUGCAGGACCCACUAGCGAAUGCCACCCUAAGAGCUCCUCCAGGCCCCAGCACCAUGCGUCAUUGCCUAUGGAAAUAUAUCAUAGUUGUUGUGUCCUUAAUCUUCCUGAGCUUCUUCCUCCAAGAGAAUAAUGAAGAGCAUCUUACAUAUAACUUAUCAUUGGAGGAAAAGAAGAAAAUACUGUGGCAGCUCAAUCAGGACCAAAUGAUCUCUGAGAGCAGAAACCAUCUAGAGAACUUCAAGGACAUGCAGAAAGCCUCCCCUUUACUCCAACAGGCCAAGUACAAAUUGCUGGCUGGAUCCCCUCCCCAGGAAAAGAAACUGCUGACCAUAGGGAUUUCCUCGGAGCAACACCCUAAUGGGAACUACCUCUUGGACACCCUGCGGUCCCUGUUCCAAGCUUCCUCAGAACACGAGCUGAAUUGUAUCGUGGUGCUGGUCCACCUGUCAGAUCCCGACCCCGAAUGGCUCAGACGAACAGUUGCCAAUAUUUCACACCUCUUCAAACCACAUGUUGAGGCCCAGAAGCUGCUCGUGAUCCACGGUCGUCUCGGUGACUCUCCUCUCCCAGGAGAUCGGAAUAAUGUUAGUCACACCUCACGCUGUGAAGCGCAUUAUUCCAGGCAGAAAGUCCAUUAUGCCCUCCUCAUGAACUUUGCUGUCAACCUCUCUGAAUACUUUCUGAUGAUGGAAGAUUAUGUUUACUGCACUUCCAAAUUUAUUUCUACCAUCUAUUGGGCAUUAUCAGCCUGGAAAGAACUACCUUGGGCGAUCCUGGAGUUCUGCAGCCUAAGCCUCUCUGGGAAAGUUUUCCACACCAGUGACCUCUCCCGCCUGGCCUCUCUCUUUCUCCUUUUCCAUAAGGAUAUUCCCAUUUACUUGUUUCUCUCUGAAUUCCGCCUUCUCUUGGCCCAGAGUGUUCCAAUUCGUUUCAGUCCCUCAGUCUUCUUCCACAUAGGCAAGUAUCCUGCGUUUGAGGACACAUGCUUUCCUGUGGAGAAGGAGAAGGUGUUUGGUGAACCAGACAACCCCAUUGCCAGCGUCCUCACUGACAUGAUGGCAGAAAUGAAUGGUAUUCCACAAUACGCUUAUACUCUGAACGAAGAGUGCUACUCUACUCUCAAUCCUGUAAGAGGCAACUACCUGACAGUGAUUUUGGAGAAGCCACAAAAAGUCAUCCAGAUAGAGGUCCUGACAGGUUCUGACAAAAAAGGGCUGUAUUGGCUACGACAGGGGCAAGUGGAGCUGGGCUAUGAUCCCUUGGAGAAUUCCAGAGGCUGCACCCGCUAUACCCUUCUAGGUCCACUGGUGGAAGGAAAUUUAGACCAGAGGGUAUUUUAUGAAGAAGAUUCUGUGGAGGAGUUGAGUUGUAUAUGACUGCUUGUGCUAGCCUCUCAAGAGUCUUGGCUCCUGAUCAGGCAGAUCAAAGUCUGGACUCAGCAUGAGGAAGAGGAGAGUUAUUACAGUGGGAAUUCUGGAAAGGUGGGGUUUGGGAAUGGAAUCCACAUGGCCGACCAGAAAUAAAGCCGAAAUUGAUCAAGGCCUGCUCCUUCA